AUGGCAUAUGCGUACGCUCUUGCGUGUCUUGCUUGUGGUUGGUGUAACUCUGUUUGUCAGAACGCGGGGCCAACGACCAACUGGGACAACAUUAGUUUCAACCCCACUGACAGCAGCGACGACCCUGAUUGUUCAGUUGACCCAGAUUUCGCCUUCCUGAACAACGUGGACAAGCCUACUCCUCUCAACUGGAACUGGGGAACAGUGAACAACAACGGCAUCUUCGGAUACGGAAAGAACCGUUGA